AUGGAUCCAAUCGAAAGAAACCUGACAUUGUCAUUUAAAUGCCGGUUUUCCACCAAUGUUGUUUUCUAUGUAAAGACUACGAACAAAGAAGUCGGUCUUCGACCCAAAAAUAUGGUACAGACUCCGAAGGCGCCUAUAGGCAAGUUAUCUUCAACCGCAAAGAUAGAUAGAUGGUUCUCUCUCCUUCCCUCAUCAACACUGUCGCGGCCAGAAAGCGGUUUUAUCUCCGGAGUAGAGGAUACCGACACGGCCCUUGCUGAAGCCAGGAGUCUGCUGCUCCAUUUGGGUGUGAAGAAGAAACGAAGACUUCUACCGCGUUUUAGACGCAAGAUAUUAGUUAAUAAACAUACAUUGCUUUAG